CUCGAGCGGAAAGGGCCGCUGCCCAGAAGGGCCAGCGCCGAGCCUGCGGCAGGGCGGGAUGGCGCAGCCGCCAGGGGCCUCUGGGUUGCCGGAGCUGCGCGAGCUGCUGCGGGUCGAGGGGGAGCCGUCGGACAGCUGCUUCCGGGCCAGGGCGUCGCUGAGCGGCGAGCGCGUGCUCGAGCUCGGCAGCAGCCGCGGCGCGCGGGUGUGGGACGCUGGCCGGCUGGGCGCACCCCCGCACGAGCUGGGCGUGGAGGUGGGCGAGGAGUCCCUGCUCCGCGGGAGCGCCUACUGGUCGCCCUCUGACUCGCGCCUCGCGCUGGCUCUCUCCGCCGGCUGCCUGGCCGUGGCGGACCUCGGGCCCCUCGGGGCGGCCGACGGGCAGCACCCGGCGCGCUGCCGGCAGCUGCGGCACGACCAGGGCAGCUGGCCGGAGGUGGCGUGGUCCGGCGACGGCUCCCGGCUGGCGACGUGGCUCCCCUCGGCGCAGAAGCUGCGCGCCGGCCUCCAGGCCUGGAGGGGCGGCGGCGGGCACGUGAAGGUGUGGGACGUGUCGCGCCAGGACUCCGAGGAGGCGCCCUCCCAACUCCUGGACCACGGCGACGAGCAGCUCGGCGACGUGGCGUGGGCGCCCCGCGGCCCCGCGCGGCUGCUGACCUGGUGCCGGCGGGGCAGGUCGGGGGCGGCGGGCGGCGUGCGGGUGUGGGACGUCUCGGGCCAGGACGCGGUCCCGCUGGAGCUCGACAACGGCGGCCGGCAGGCGUGCGACGCGGCGUGGUCGCCCGACGGCGCGGAGGUCGCGACCGCGUGCGUGGGCGGCGCGGUGUGCCUCUGGGCCGUGGGCCCCUCGGCCGCGGGCCGCGGGCCGCGGGAGCUCGGCGGCGAGCUCGGCGGCGCCUCGGCGGACCUGGCGCGCGUCGCGUGGUCGCCCGACGGCUCGCUGCUGCUGGCCUCCUCGGUCUGCGCGGGGCUGCACAGGCGCGGGGAGUCCGCGGACGGCGACGUGCUGUUCGAACUCCACCUCGCGCGGCGGGCGCCCGGCGCCGCGGUCACCGCCGACUUCGCCGUCUGGUGCCCCGAUGGCGCUAAGCUGGUGCUGCCCGCGGCCGGCCUCGCGAAGCUGCCGCCCCCGCAGCUGUGGAGCCUGGGCCGCGACAGAGAGGUCGGCCCAGCGUCCUCCGCGUGCGUCGGCGCCGUCGCACUGCCUGUCGCGACUGGCGUCCACGCUGGCGGCCCGAGCUUCGCGGUCGCCCGCUGCUGGUCCCCUGACAGCACCAGGCUGGCGGUGGUGGAGCACGCGGUGGUCGUGGGCGCUGCUGAGCCGCACACCCCAUCACGUCCCACGUGCGGUUGUACCGCACCGAUGGCGAGCAGAGUGGCUACGUCGAGCUCCCUGCGUUGCGUAACGUCGUCGUUCAUGAGCUGUCGUGGUCCCCGGACGCGUCGCGCGUCCUGGCCGCGUGCCACAGCGGCCUCGCCCUGCUUUUCGAGGCAGGCACGGGGGCUCUGCUCCACUCCGUGGGCACCCCCUGGAACCGCGCCGCCGCCGCCACCCCCGGCCUCCGCGGCGCCGUGUCCGCGCGCUUCCUGCCCUGCGGGCGGCGCUUCGUGGUGACCUCGCGGACUCGGCACCUCGGCGCCGGGGCGCAGGACGGCGACGCGGUGGUGCUGCAGGGCCCCGCCGCGAGCGCGAGCAGCUACGCGCGCCUGGUCGCCGCCGCCGGCCGCACCAGCUCUGCCCUGCCCCGAGGGAGGGAGGCGGCAGCACGAGCCCGGCGGCGCUGCUGGCCGCGCUGGCCCGCCGGGCGGCGGGCCCGGGCGAGCGGGCGGGUCUGC